UAAAGGCCCACUGCUUCCGGUUUUCCCUCCCUUUUCGGCAAACGGCUGUAUACUCGCCAGGAUGCCACUCGCUAAGGACCUGUUGCACCCGUCCCCCGAGGAGGAGAAGAGGAGGCACAAGAAGAAGCGUCUGGUGCAGAGCCCCAACUCCUACUUCAUGGACGUCAAAUGCCCAGGAUGCUACAAGAUCACCACGGUGUUCAGCCACGCGCAGACGGUGGUGCUGUGUGUGGGCUGCUCCACAGUGCUUUGCCAGCCCACUGGUGGGAAGGCACGGCUAACAGAAGGUUGUUCGUUCAGGAGAAAGCAGCACUAGCUGCCCUAAUGGAGACGGAGGAGAGAGGUGGGGUUGGAUCCACGGAUUUCAGUGAUGCCCCCCCACCCCCCCACCCCACGCC